CAGAGUUGCGACUCGACUUCAUCUACAAGAGUUCAACGCUGCAUCUGACGCUACUUGUGCUCCCUGCUAUGAUAUCUGAGCUAUGAAUAUCUUGCUUGUUGACUCGUACGACAGCUACACAUACAACCUCUAUCAGUUACUGCUGGACGUCGCUCCCGAUGCCAAUAUCGUUAUUCUCCGCAAUGACCACUACUCAACUGAGCAAGAUCUUGGGAAGAUUCUCAUUCGUUUCGACUUUGUAGUCAUUGGGCCAGGUCCAGGCGAUCCGCGCAAUCCAAAAGACAUCGGGUUCCUUGCCAGCCUAUUUGAUUACAAAGUGCCCAUCCUCGGUGUUUGUCUAGGCUUCCAGAUCAUGUGCAUGCACAGCGGUGGUAAGAUCGAUCGUCUUGGUGUACCCAAGCAUGGUCAGAUAUCACCCUUGGAGCUCGCUGCAAAUACACAGGUCUUUGAAGGUGUCGCGGUACCGAUGAAGGUCACCAGAUACCAUUCACUUUGUGCAACACUGCCUAAGGCGUCUUCAACUAAUCGCCUCCAAGAGAUCGCUUGGGCAUUAGACGAAGAUAACGGCCGUGUUGUCAUGGCUGUACAACACCUGGAUGAGCCCUGGGUUGGCGUACAAUUCCACCCAGAGUCCAUUUGCUCAAGUGAUGGGCCUACCUUGAUUCGCAACUUCAUCAAGCUCGCAAAUGCCUACAAUAAAAGCAACACUGAAAGAGGAAUACGCAACAUUGAGCCUUUGGGGGAUAUGAAAAUUGCAAGCGUCGUGCCACGGCCCUUGUUGGCGAACAACGCUGUAAUUCGGCCAGAUCCCCAGUACAAGGUCCUAUUCGAUAAGUUGCCCUUUGCAUUGUCAACGAAGGAGGUCAUGGAGAUCGUCAAUGUCGACGCCUGGCUUAAAGAACAGCGUCGAUUUAUUGUCCUAGACUCGGCAGCCGCACCGAGUCGUUACAGCAUUCUGGGACGUGCUGACCUCGACGAUGAUAGUUACUUGUCAUACUAUGUUGGCGACGAUUUCUACGUAGCUGGCAAGAACGAACACGCUCUGAACGGACAAUCAAUUUGGGAGGCCAUCGCCGAGCUCAUGGCAGAAAGACGUUGCACUAUUGGUUCUUCUGGGUCGCCAUUCUGGGGAGGCCUAGCUGGCUAUAUCUCUUACGAAGCUGGCGUCGAGACGCUUGAUGUCCCUACCAUAAUGAGGGGGAAGGCUGCUGAUAUUAACCUCGUCAUGAUCAAACACAGCGUGGUGGUGGAUCAUAUUGACAAGGUCACGUACGUGCAGAGCGUUGUCCCCGCAAGUCAAGCCGAAGACAUGUACAUUCCCUGGGUUGUGAAGCUCCUCAAGGAGAAUCAACCCUGUCUCACCAAUGAAGUUAAUCUCGAGCAGCGUCAUCGGCCGACUACGGUUACUUUGCCAAACAAGGAAGAGUAUAUUGCCAAGGUCAAGCAGUGUCAAGAGUAUUUGGCGGAAGGUCAGUCGUACGAGCUGUGCCUUACAGCACUGACACAUAUACAGUGCAAGUCCAAGGAUCCAUUGGACCUCUACUUGCAACUUCGCCAAAACAACCCAGCACCUUAUGCGGCCUUGAUCUCAUUGCCUGGGGUCGACCUGAUUUCCUCGUCGCCUGAGAGAUUCCUCUCCUGGACUCGCGAUGGUCGAUGCGAACUGCGCCCUAUCAAGGGCACGAUUCGCAAGAGCAAUGGCUUGACACUCGAAGAAGCAACACGGGAACUGAACAAUCCCAAAGAUUAUGCCGAAAAUCUCAUGAUUGUGGAUCUCAUUCGACACGACCUGCAUCAAAUAGCCAAGAAUGUCAGCGUUCCGUCUCUGAUGCAGGUGGAAGAGUACAAGUCUGUGUACCAGCUCGUAUCUGUGAUUCAAGGUCAAGUCGGCCCUUCAGUGUCGGCCCCGGGUGAGCAAAGCUUUACAGGCCUGGACGUCUUAGCACACGCCCUGCCUCCCGGUUCCAUGACAGGAGCACCGAAAAAGCGGUCUGUUGAACUCUUGCAAACAAUUGAAGGCCAUAAUCGUGGCAUCUACUCUGGUGUCUGCGGCUACUUUAGUGUUUGUGGCGGCGGCGAUUGGAGCGUCAUCAUUCGUACUGCAUUUCGACACCGCUCAGAAAGCAGGAAUCGCGAUGGAUGUAUCCACGAAGAUUGGUGGGUUGGUGCUGGUGGUGCGAUCACCGCACUGAGUGAUCCAGAGGCAGAGUGGGAAGAGAUGCUGACCAAGGCUCAAACAACCUUGCCCAGUUUUGGGAACAAUGUGGAAAUCAAGCAGAAAGGUAAGAGACGGUAGCGUAGACACUAUUUAUUGCCUUGAGCUAUGCGCUUUCGUCAAUUGAUUAUUCCCUACAUAGGAACACCAUUGAGUGUUCCAGGGUCGGAGUCAAGGUGGGCUAGAGACCAGCUCGAAAACAGCCUCCAUCUGAAGAGAGAUCUGACUUCAGAUGGCGCCCUAGAGCUGUGCGCCAUUCUAUGAGUAUCCGGCUUGUAGCAAAGCGGCGACUCUCGCCGAUGGUUGCUAUCAUCUCGGAAGCAGACAAAGGCAGAGAUGAAGAGGGCGUAGUGCGAUGGCGACAUGGAACGGGCGGCUGAUCUAGUUUGACGCCGGUAGCGGCAGCGGAGAGCUCAACUUCUCAAGGCUUCAAUGAUCAUGCCGGCUCACGGACAAGAGCCAUGUUCAAAGUGACGACGCUGCCCU